AUGAGAUACUAUGUCACAAUCACAAUCCUUAAUAUUUUUCCUUUAUUUGGACUUAAACUUAAUAUCGUUACCGUAACAAACGAAAGGAAUGAUAAUUGGGUUGUAAAACAACAGCAGAUGAAUAAUUCCAUAGAAAAAAUUACCAAUUUUUCUGAUGUGAUGAAUGAGUUUGAAAGUCAUGAGAACUGGAGUCGGCUAUGUAAUAUAUCACAUCUUAGACACAGUUACUUUGACAUUGUAUGUGUUAUUCAAGGUGAUUCCAGUAUCAAGUUAUCAGAAUUUAGAAAUUUUACAGAUAAAGUAUCAUCAAAUAUAAGAUUUGACGUAUCCGUUACUUGUGAAGAUGGUAUCAUACACUUUCCCUGGCCGUUCAGAGCUGACAAACUAAAUAGUAUUUACAUCAAAGACUGUCGAAUCAAAGAUUACAGAGCCGAUUACAAGAAUGAGUUGAUAAAUAGCAUUCCCGACACAAUUAAAUAUCUUCAAAUGGACAACGUCAUUAUUAGUCAAAGGGUUGGAGACUUAUAUGACUCAAUACCAAAAGCAAACUCGCCUAUAACAAGAGCUGCAGAAUGUGGACCGGAAAAUGCUUUUUCAAUUAUUCAGAGGGGGACAAAUGUGACAUUUGAAGAUUUAGAAAACCAGCAUUUGUUUGAUUUCAGCACUGCACUCAAUCAACAUAACUAUUAUUUUAACACACAGAAGAGAUCCUGUUUGUACAACAACCUUGAGGUUUAUGAAAUGAGUGGGAAGAAAGAGAACCUUAGAAAGAAUGACAUCAAUAAGAUUUUGUAUACCGACGUUGCAGUAAGUCUCAAAAUAUUGAAUUUUUCUAAUAAUGGGAUGUUUGACACUUAUUAUAAAAUGCAAGGCUGGCAACGACGAUUCCCAGUAAUGGAAUAUAUAGACUUUUCUAAAAAUAACAUACAAGUCCUUCCUAUGAUACCAGAUUACGGAUUAGCUGUGAGAAAAAACAAAUCAGUCGUAACAAUCGAUUUACGGCGUAAUAAUAUAACUUCACUAACAAAACAUAUGAUAGACUCAUUCUCAACUCAUGAAUUUGUUAAAGUCGACAUCAGUGAAAAUCCGUUUGUAUGUGAUUGUGGAGUACUUGAAGUAAUGGCAUAUCUAACUUCAAAGACUAUGCCAAAAGUUUAUGAUUACCUUGGGUCGCUAGAGUGUUCAAAACCCUCCAAAUUCCGUGGACGUAAGCUAUUAAAUAUGUCCGCUACAGAUCUUAACUGUAUCAAGGAGACAAUUGUAAACUUUCAAGUAGUUGUUUUUAGCAUCAUAACAAUAACAUUGAUCAUUAUAACUUUAUUGACAAUCUAUUUCAGGAAUAUGAUCAAAGUUAUUUUGUUUACUCGACUCAAUAUAAAAUGUCCAUGUGAACUCAGAAGUGUCACAGCCGUUGAAAAAGAGUAUGAUGCAUUUAUUGCCUACAGCGAGAAAGAUGUUGAAUGGGUUAUACAUACAGCUUUACCUAAGUUGGAGUCAGAUGACGCUGGGAAAGCAUGCAGUCUCUGUCUUCAUCAUAGAGAUUUUAUAGUUGGUAAUACCAUAGCUGAUAAUAUAUACAACAGUGUUGAAAACAGCUAUCACACCAUCUUACUUAUAACCAAUGAUUUCUUGAGGAGUGAAUGGUGUAUGAUGGAGUUCCGAACAGCUUUGAGGAAAAGUUUACACGAUAAAGGUCGUCAUUUGAUAAUUGUGUUGAAGGGUAAUAUUUCUUUGGAUAAUAUUGAUCCUGAUUUGAAAAGUUGUCUCAAUUCUCAAACCUAUCUUAAAAUUGGAGAUGUGUUAUUUUGGGAUAAACUAAAAUAUGCAAUAUCAUUUAGACAUAACACUUAA